GGUUUAAUGUUUUGCUGACGACGUUAAAAAAUAUUUUUUUUGUAAUUACUACUAUUUUUUAUUUAUUUCUUAUUACCUUUUAAUUUUAAAAAGAUAAUAUAAUUUGAUAAUAUUUUGUUUUCUUUUUAAAAAAAUAUCAAAUAUGAAAUAACACAAUACUAUUGGUCGGCGAGAUUCACCCUCUGAUAAGUCUAAUUAUUAUUGUUGAUCAUUACGUAGGUAAUGGACUCAAGUCAAUGAUAUCCAAUACUGAAGCCUUUCUCGAGAUUUUUUCUUUUUUUUUUUUUACGUCAAGGAGCAAUGGCAUCUCCUUGUAAAUAUUUAGAAAAAGUCUGACUCAAUUUUUAUUUGUACUCAUGUUUUAAUAUUUUAGAUUUAAAUAUUAAUGGAAGAAAUUUGGUAUCAAUUAUUAUAUUAAAUUAGAAGUAUAAAACAUAAUUUACCUAUUUUAAAAUCUUUUUUUAUACUUUUUAUAUUCUUUUUUUACCCAUCUUAACUAUUUCAUUUGCUUUAUUACCAUAAUAAUUGGACAUUUUUUAUAUUCUUAAAUUUCAUGCAUUUAUUAUAUUUUUGGUCAUCAACUGUAGUAAUUCUAGUAGAAUGAAAUAUAUUUUUCCCUUUAUGCAGCUAGGGCAUCCUUAUCAAUGAUGUGAAGAGGAAGUUCUCAAAAAAAUGAUGUAUUGUUAAUUAAAACAAAAAUGAUGAUUAAUGUGGUUCUAAUACCCACCCAAUAAAUUCUCAAAAUAAUUUUUUUUGAGAAUUUAUUAGAUGAAUGUUAGAAUUCAUCAAUCAUUUUUGAACUCAUCAAUCAUUUUUAUUUUAAUUAACAACUAAUUAUCUUUUGAGAAGCUCCUCCUCGUAGCAUUGAUUGAGUACGUUGCUCUAAGUAUAUCCACAGUUUCUGUGGUGUAAUGCAUUGUGAUGUGUGCACUUUGAAACAUUCAUGAUAGUCAACGUGAUUAAAUAACAAUCAAGGUGUUAAAAAGACUACUCUUAAUCAUGUGGGCGCUCAGCCUAUAUAUAAUUCUAAAACAUGAAAAGAAAAUAGGCAACAUAACAAACUGUUUGGCUCUCAAAUCACUGAGAGGAGAGUUACAAAUUAGAGAGAAAAGAUAAAAUAAGUUAAGUAGCCAAAUAUCAUUCACUCUUUUGAAAAUAUAAACUUGGAGAGAUACGAAUUCUACAAAGAACUUUCAAAGCAAUUAUUCAUGAAUUAAUUAGAUACGAUUUUUAUUCAAAAUCCGUUAGCGUAAGCAAUAAGAAUAUAAUAUUAUAAUUAUCUUUGAACAAUUAAAAUUUCCAAUUUUACUUUAAGUUUAUCCAUAAAAAAGUUGCCAUUACUUUAGUUUAUUCAUAAAAAAGUUGCCAUUUGUUAUUCAUAAAAAGUUGCCAUUUGCCUAUAAAUAGUGAUCAGCAAUAACUUAUAACCAGUCCAAACUAAAAAGGUGAAUUACAGACAUCAGACAACUUCGACAUGUCUCCCUUUACCUCCUUCGUUGUUGCGCGUGUUUUGUCCUCUCCCUCCGCCCUGAAACAGAACCCCCUGAAACGCAAACGCUACGAUGAGAUCACUCAAGAGAAAGCCGCACAUAUGGUUGUGCCUAAAAAAGCCGACGAACAUGAACAUACCGAGCCACAUCCACCGUCUUGGGAGGCGCUAUGCGUUCUUGGUCCUUACAUGGAGCCUGAGACUCUCGCCAUCGCCUCUUGCGUCUCAACCACGUGGUUAGAGUGUUUCUCCUCUGACAAUCUAUGGAAGGCUCUCUUAACCUCAAGGUCUUCACAGCGCUCCUCUCCCUAUGAGGUCGUACAAAACACCGAAACUAUCUCUUACAAACACCUUGUCUCCGCUGUUGAAACGGACGCUAAACGCCGCCGAAAAGAUCAAGUGGCGGAAGCCGUCAAGAUACUACUCUCUGAUCUCAGCUUCAUCGUCCACGUUUCCACUAAAACAAAGAAAGCAUCGGUUUACAAAAGGGGUAAAGAUCUCGUGUUUGGUCCUAACGACAAGUUCCAAAUCGAAGUCGACGUAAGCAACGCAGCUAUCACUGCCGGUGAAGAAGACGUGAGGAUGACGUGGCAAGUCAUGUACAAGGGAAAGUUCUUCACGCUAGCGGAUACGUCAAGAACGUCGUUGGACACAAAGUAUGGGUGGUUCACCGAGAAACUUGAAGACAAGUGUAACCGCAAGCUAGUAGGUGACGUCAAGCCGAGAUUUAACGAAGAUCUUCUUGAGAAGAUUGGGUUUUCCAUAGUAGACUCAGAUGGCUGGGGAUCUCUGUUACUUGACGGGUUUUUAAGAUAUCUUCAGCGGUUUUUCUUGGUAUGAUUUUCUUACAAUAGUCUCUGAGGAUAUCUUCGAUCGAGUAGAUGGCUUAGCAAGAAUGUAUAUAUAAGUUUUCUUCUAGUGUUGUUGUCCCCCUCUUUUCCUAUGUACUCAAUAGUAUUAAUGAAAUUUAAUCAAGGAUAUCCCUUUUAAGAAAACGAUAGUCCAUGGAACAGAGAAGUUAGUAUUCACUAAGCUUGAGUUAUGUUUUAUAUAUAAAUAGUUAGGGUCAGUGAAAUCUGCUGAGUAAAAUACUUCUGUUCACAAUUCCACUAAAAUACAUUAAGGAGGUGUUAUUGAAUAGAGAAUUAGAAUUACGUAAUGGAAUUAGAGUUUGAUUGUACUUCAGUGGAAUUUGAUGAUUCCAAUGUAAUGCAUGGGGAUUUUAAUAACUGCUAUGGAACUUUUUUGUUUCUAAAAUUAGUGGAUAUUUUUAAUUUGCUAGGUAGUUAAGAUGUGAUGAACUUUUACGAAAAUAAAAGAAACUGGUUUUAAUCACCUUCAACCCAUGAUGUCGUCUCUUAUCUUCAGACUUCUUAAAACGUGAAUUUAGAUUUGCAUAUCCCUAAUAAUCAAGCCAGUUCUUAAUACAUCCACAUCAAUUUGGAACAUCUCCAUCCUGGAGGAGAAUCUCCUAGUUGGAGGAGAAUUGUAAAAGAA